AAAACAGUUCGAAACAUCAUUCCAGUGUCGAAGUUGAUAUGAGUGAGUAGCAGGAAAAAAAUGCAGUAUGGUCAGAUCAGAUUGGCGCAGUGCUGCCCUCUGUUGGCUGCUGAAAGAAAGACACCGCUCGCUGUUCGCCGCUGUACCAAAACAACAGCGCUCCUACCUCCUGUGACACAUUUCUGUUUGACAGACCUGUGCCGUCCGGUCUUCUUACUUGUUGUGGGAGACACAAGGGCACUAAAGGACCCAAACAACGGCUGGCUGCAGUUUUGUCGACGACUUAAUUUUUGAGAUAUGAGUCAGCGUAACACAACAUUGAAGCUUGCCAGCUAGUGGUGUGUGAUCUGGAGGGAGAGGAAAGGACAGCAGAGAAAAUGGAGGUGUCAGAUGGCUUGUUGCUGCAGGUCAACAAUGGAGAACAGUGGUGUAACCGCUGGAAACAUCCCAAUGAUGACUCGAUGGGUUUCAAGGACCGCAGCACCAGCCCCUCAGUCCUGCGCUGUGUUGCCAGCACGUGGAAGGAGGGCCUGCUGAACAGAAAGAGGCCCUUCGUUGGCCGUUGCUGUCACUCUUGUACACCACAGAGCUGGGAGAGACUUUUCAACCCCAGUAUUCCAUCUCUGGGACUGCGCAACGUCAUCUACAUCAAUGAGACCCACACUAGACAGCGGGGCUGGCUGGCACGCAGGCUGAGUUAUGUGCUGUUUGUCAUGGAGAGAGACGUCAACAAGGACAUGUUCACCAGGAAUGUAGUGGACAAUGUGCUCAACAACAGCAGUGUGGAGAGUGCUAUUGUGAAUGUAGCCACAGAUUUGGACACUGCAGCCUGCCAGCCUGGCCAGGAGCACAAAGCUGUCAGUAAAGUGAAGCAGAAAGCCCGGGCCUUCCUUCAGGAGAUGGUGGCCAACAUUUCCCCAGCUUUUAUUAGGCUGACAGGGUGGGUUCUCCUGAGGCUCUUUAAUGGUUUCUUCUGGAGCAUCCAGAUCCACAAGGGCCAGCUGGAAAUGGUCAAGAAAGCUGCUACAGAGCAAAAUGUGCCCAUGGUCUUCCUCCCUGUUCACAAAUCCCACAUCGACUACCUGCUCAUCACGUUGAUCCUCUUCUGUCACAACAUCAAAGCCCCACACAUUGCUGCUGGAAACAAUCUAAGCAUUCCUAUCCUCAGCACCCUUAUCCGUAAACUUGGAGGAUUCUUCAUACGAAGGAGAAUGGAGGAGACGGGGGAUGGGAAGAAAGACAUUUUGUACAGAUCACUGUUACAUGCAUAUACCGAGGAGUUGUUGCGUCAGCAACAGUUUUUGGAGGUCUACCUGGAGGGUACCCGCUCCCGCAGCGGUAAGCCGUCCACAGCGCGUGCAGGCAUGCUGUCCAUCGUGGUAGACACACUGUGCACUGGGUCCAUCCCAGACGUACUAGUGGUCCCAGUUGGCAUCUCUUAUGAUCGUAUUAUUGAGGGCAACUACAAUAGCGAGCAGCUGGGUAAACCUAAGAAGAAUGAAAGUUUGUGGGGAAUUGCAUGUGGAGUGUUCAGGAUGCUGAGGAAGAACUACGGUUGUGUUCGAGUUGACUUCAACCAGCCCUUCUCCCUAAAGGAGUACCUGGACACCCAGAGAAGUCGCCAUAUUCCUCCACCAGUGUCCCUGGAACACGCUUUGACACCCACCAUUAUAUCUGCACAACCCGAGGCUCAGCUGUUUGAAGGGCAGGAGGGAGAGCAGCUGCCCGACGACAUCUUAAGACGGCAACUUAUUAACAACCUGGCCAAGCAUGUCCUCUUCACGGCGAAUAAGUCAUCAGCAAUCAUGUCUACUCACAUUGUAGCCUGUCUGCUGCUGUACAGACACAGACAGGGGGUGGUGUUGUCCAAGCUGGUAGAAGACUUCUUCAACAUGAAGGAGGAGAUCCUGUCACGGGACUUUGAUCUGGGCUUUUCGGGGAACUCAGAGGAUGUGGUCAUGCGUGCCCUCCACCUCCUUGGAAACUGUGUCAAUGUGACCAGCAGUGCAAAUCGCAAUGGAGAGUUCACCAUCUCACCCAGUCAAACUGUACCAGCACUGUUCGAGCUCAACUUCUACAGCAAUUGCCUUUUUCACGUCUUCAUUUCUGAUGCAAUUAUUGCCUGCAGCAUCCUGUCACUGCAGCGAGAGCUGGUCGCAGAAUCCGAGUCCGAUCACCAGCCCGGUGGUCCCAGUAGCCUUCCUCUUAGUCAGGAGAGACUCAUCCGCAAGGCUGCUGGGCUCUCCCACUUCCUUAUCAAUGAGGUGGCUGUUGCACCACCCUGUCAGACUAUUUACCAGGUUUUUCACGAUGCAGUGACCCGGCUGAUCCAGUACGGAGUUCUCUACGUAGCUGAGGAGGACCAGGAGGAACUGAGUCCAAGUCCCACAGAGGAACCUUGGCCAAAAAAGUUUCCUGAGCCUCUUUCCUGGAGAAGCGACGAGGAGGAUGAGGACAGUGACUUUGGAGAGGAGCAGAGAGAUCGCUACCUAAAGGUGAGUCUCACUGCAGAGCACCAGGAGUUCUUUGUCUUCCUACAGCGACUUGUCAGCCCUGUGCUGGAAGCCUACAGCGGGGCUGCGAUAUUCGUCCACAGUCUGAGUAAGCCCAUGGCUGAAUCCGAAUACACCCAGAGGCUCUUCAGAUACCUGCUCACCCGCACAGAAAGAGGAGUGGCUGCUUAUGGUGAAAGUGCAACUCAUUACUUGGUUAAGAACACAGUGAGGACAUUCAAAGAGCUCGGGGUCCUGAAGGAGAGGAGAGAGAACCGGUUGACAACUCUGGAGCUGAGCAGCACCUUUCUACCUCAGGCCAAUCGGAACAAACUCCUGCAGUACAUCUUGGGUUUUACCCUGCUGUGACCGAGACACCAUUCAGCCCAGCUCAGACCCCAGGCUCCUUCCAAUAAAGGGCUUCUACUGGUUACUUCUAAACAAUCCCAGGUGCUACUCUGUGGAAAGCUUUACCAGGAAGUGCCUUCACGUAACAGCCGCUAAUUGUUAGCCGGAAGAGACUUGAAGCCAGUCUUCCCUUUGUUUUUUUUCUAGUCGAUGGAUCUCUGUCUUAGAACUGUGCAGCUGAUAACACACAUGUAUCGUUCUUUGGAGAGGUACCUCCUGCGAAUCAUCCUCUCUUGGUGAACUUUGUGGUGAAGUCAUGAGGUUUUAAAAUGAUUAACAUUUUAAACUAUCAGAAAAAUAUACUCAAGCAGGUUAGUAAAUAAGAAUCACUUUUACAGCAAUCCGAACAAAGCAAGCUGCCUUUUCAUCUAUACAAGCAACAAAAUAUGCAUAGACAAUAAUGGUAAAGAUUACCAACAACAAAGGCAUUUUAAUGUUAACUCUUUCUGCUCGUUUGUAACACUGCUGUAUUCAGUGUGCUCCACUAUCAUAGUAGGAAACAUGUUAAAAUGUAGUUUGAUGAAAGGCUAAUGACUAACAAAUUCCUGUACAUGGGCCACAUGAACAAUGUCUCUCAUUUAUAGUGCAUUUAAACAUAUGCACUCAGGUGUCUUCAAAUGUAAUAAUGUCUGAACAUAAGAUUGAAAGAUUGCUUACGUAUCUAAAUUGUUAUUUACAAAUCUUUAAUGUCAGAAUAGGACAGCGUUGGUCAGUUGCACUGCACAUUUACUGGUUUAAGAUAUAAAAAAAUAAGCAGCAAAUCAGUUGAACACAAAAUGUACCUGAUGAAAGUCUGGUGCAGUUGAAGCCUAAAAUCACAAGUAUCUACAAUUAAGUGCAUUCAAACCACUAAUAUCUAAGUGCUUUCAGUUACUCACUUUUUGUCAUGAGAUUUGAUGAAAUGUGACUUUGAUCUCUGUGUUUGUGCAACACCUUUUUUACUUUUCAAUGAAUGUCACAGCACAGCGCUUCAAAUACUUAAUACCAGCCAUCACAUCCACUUAAGUUCAAACGCAACAAGCUCAGAACCUCUUUGGUCAUGCCUUUUCAGGGAAAGCAGAGAUUUGGGAUAACCACCAUUUUUUUUCCUGUAUUAUAAACAUAUUGUAUAAAAGCCGUUACGGCAUCACUGCUGAAAGAGCAAUUUUGCUCCAAUGGUUGGGCAUUCGCACGGCAGAGGAACUCCGCAGUGUGGUAAAAAUAAAUGGUACAUAUCCACUUUGUAAUCCAUCUGAACAAAAGGUCACAUCUGUAAAAGUUGGCUAUUUGCGAGAACAUGAUUGUGUCUCUGUUGUACUGUCAACAAACUCUUGAAGAAAGGAGAAGACGUGAGGCGUAGUGAUGUUUCUGAAAACGAAAUAAUAGUCGUUAACUGUCAGGUUUACCUAUUCUUUAUUUUUCAUGUAUAUAGCAAUGCUUCACUUUACAUUUUUAGCACCACUGAAACAAAAAAUAACUAUAUCUAAAAAGUACUAUAAAUACAUUUUAAACUACCAGAAAGCUGAUCCUGAUAGUUUUACAUUUUUUUGUUCUAAAAUGCAAGUGUCAAAAAAAUUUCAAAAAUCAGACAGGUUGGGAAUAAAAACUUUAGUAACAGAAUGUGUUCAUCAUGAAAAACAUACCAAGACUACCAAAGUAAAACAUGAAUGAAAUUAAGACCUGAUAGUGAAACCUCACAGCUCAGUCCUUGUAUAUGUGCAGAAAGUUUACCAGUUUUAAUUUUUAUUGUGAAAUAACACAACAGGACUCAAUAUUUAGGUCUUGUCUUAUGUGUGUAAUUCUAUAUCUGAGGACAUUUUGCAUUGAACGUGAACAUAAAUGUACAACAUCCAUGUUAAUGUUGGUGUAUGAAAAAGAAAGGGUGUGUUUGGAAAGGGCAGAGUAAGUUUGAUGAAUUGUCGGCAUUAUUAGAGGGGACACUAACAGAAAUCCCAGAUUGAUCAUGUGAAGACAGUGUGAAUGUUAGAAAUAGGCAUUCUUGAUCUGCCAGGGCAAUAAAGUAAGUGGGAAUCAGGUGUCUGAUAAUACACAUUUAAAUGAAUAUACUGAAUGACUUGUUGACAGUGUUCUACAACUCGUACAGUCUUACUUAACUCAUUUAAAUGCCUUUUUCCUCAACAAUCAGCUUUAUAUUUUAAACAUGCAUAUUUUCAUGCAGUUUUUCCAAAUCUCCGUACAAAAUGACGAAUGGAAAAGGUUGCUUAUUGGACACCCAUAGCAAGUUGAAGAAGAGAAAAGUAAGUUAUUUAAAUGGGAGUGUGAUCAGAGUGCCCAAAAAAUAGUCCACGCUCAAGUGCAGAGGGAGCAUCUUGACAUUCAAAGCAUUUCUGAGCCCAUAAUCUUUCAAAGUCCCCACACUGAGAGGGAACCCUCCGCCAAGAUAAAACCACUCUAUGUACUGUACUGCAUGUUUCCUCUGGUCGCCUUUAAUCAUCGACACUUCAAUGUGAAUUCUACUUAACCUGAAAAUUGUAUUUUACAGUCUAAGUGUGUGAAUCAUGUUGCAGAGAAAGAUAAUUGUGUAGGCGACAAAGUGAAAUUUGUUACCUCUUGAAUGUAUCUCAUCUGUAGCCAGAAAAAAAGGUCAAUGUGAUAUUGUAUAAUACUCAAUUAAGUCAGUACAGAUAUGGUACAGUUUUUAUGAACUGCUCACGGGGAUUGUUGAGACUCGUCGCUACUGAAGCUGCAUUAAUAACAUCCCUCUACAACUAUGUAACUUUGUAGGUUAAAAAAAGAAGCCUGUAUCUGGGGAGCAGGUGCCUUUUUAAAGCACUGCAGUGUUCUUUGGUUGUGUUUUUGUUGUUUUUUUGUGCAUGUUAACUGGUUAUUUUGUGUGGAAAUCCAAAAGAACACUGUAGAUUGAAACUUAAAAAAACACAAGCAGAGAACUUGUGGUUACUAUAUGAAAAAUCACCAGCUACUAAAAAAAACAAAAAAUGUCACCUGUUCUGUUAUUGCUUUCUUCGAGCAAAGCACAAUUGGCAUUAUUAGAUUUUGUUUUUAAAUAAAUUAAUGAUAGAUUAACAA